AUGAUGCCUUGGAAUGAUCUCCGGGCAGGUGAUUGUUGUGGACGCUUGGAAGCUGUUAGUGAUGGCUACUAUUGCGAAAGCUGCGAUUUCUUCGUCCACAAGGAAUGCGGAGAGUCCUCCGAACUCAUCGAACACACAUCUCACGUCGGCCACACUCUUCGGCUUCAUAGUAGUGUAUAUGCUACUAAUUGCCAUUUAUGUGGAAUGAGUAUCAAGAGUCAAUGCUAUCGUUGUGAGACCUGUUUUUUAUUCAACCUAGAUCUCUAUUGCGCUAGGUGUCCACCACCAAACGUUGUUUACCUUCCCAAGACGCAUCACCACAAGCUCACCCUUGUCAAAGCCUGGAUCGAUUUCGACUGUGAUGCUAAUUGUGGCAAGGUUGGUGAUAGGUUUCCUUACGUGUGUCCUGUGUGUGAUUUAACUUUCCAUGUCGACUGCGUUUGGCAUCCCUCAGAGGUUAAACAUCCUUUAGAGGUUAACCACUCUUACCAUUCAAAACACCCUCUAAAGCUCUUCAUAGGUCAACUUCCUGACUAUUCCGAUGGAAAAUGUCGUCUAUGCGAGAGAAAGAUUGAUGAUAGAUUGUUUUAUCAUUGUUCUUCUUGUAACUUCAGCUUGGACAUGCGUUGUGUUUUACACCCACCACCAAAAUCUCUUUUGGAUGUGAAAACUCAUGAACACACACUCACUCUUCUCCCAAGACUUCUUUCUUUUGCAUGUAAUGCUUGCGGAUUGAAUGGAGAUCGAAGCCCUUACAUGUGUGUUCAAUGUGAUUUCAUGAUCCAUCAAGAUUGUCUUGGUCUUCCACGCCUCAUCAACAUUAACCGGCAUGAUCAUCGCAUCUCUCGCACUUCUGUUCUCGGUGUUGUGGAUUCUGUGUGUGGAGUGUGUCGCAAGAAAGUUGACUGGACCUGUGGAGGUUACACUUGUCACAAGUGUCCUGGCUAUGUCGUUCAUUCGAAAUGUGCAACCAGACUCGAUGUCUGGAACGGGAAAGAGCUUGAAGGAUUGCCUGAAGAGAUAGAAGAUACGGAGCCGUAUGUGGUAAUCAAUGACACCACAAUACAACACUUCAGCCACAAGGAACAUUACCUAAGACUCAACGCUACUUGUAUUCUUCGUGAGGAAAACAAGCGGUGCAACAUAUGCACACAUCCAAUCUCUCUCCAUUCCUUUUAUGGUUGUAUGGAUUGUGCUUUCAUUCUCCACAAAAACUGCGCCGAGUUUCUUAAAAGUAGAUGGCAUGUGCUGCACAACGAACGGCUUACUUUGGCUCCAAGCAACGCCAGUUAUAUUGUGUGUGAUGCUUGUGGUAUAAUCUUCAACGGUUUCAUGUAUCAUCAUGAGGAUAAGAAAUUAGAUGUACGAUGUGGCUCAGUUUCUGAGCCAUUUCUCCAUCCAAGCCAUCCCCAUCCUUUAUACUAUGUUUCACUAGACCGAGUAAAUGAAAUCUGCAACGGUUGUAACGAGAACGCAUCUCCUGUGCUCAAAUGCGUUGAAGAAGACUGUGUAUUUGUCUUGGGCUUUGAAUGCGCCACUUUACCACAAGUCGUGAAGCAUAGAGUUGACGAUCAUCCUCUCUCACUAUGCUAUGGGGAAAAGGCAACUGGUGAGUACUGGUGUGAUAUCUGUGAGACUAAAACCGUUCCAGAGACAUGGUUCUACACGUGUAAAGACCGCCAAGCUAGUUUGCAUCCCAAGUGUGUGCUUGGAGACUUUUCAGGGCUCAUGCCAGGAAGCACAAUAAAUGUUUCAAGCAUGUCAUAUGAGGUUGUUCUCAAUAGUAGUGUAACUCGCCCGAUUUGCAGUUGGUGUAAGUCGCAUUGCAUGUCUCCUAUCAUCUUGAGAAUGCUUGAAACCUCAGAAACAUACGCUUGCUCUAUUGACUGUGUAGCGCAACUCAGCGAUAUAUAG